UUCUGUCGUCGUGUGCUGUGCUGUGGUUUUUGCGCAACUAUUAAAUAAGAAUUUAAUAUAUUUUAUGAACAAAAUUUAAACAUAUAAAUGAGGAAUGUCGUGCGAAAAACAUAAUUAACUUUUUAUGCCUAAAGACAUUAAUUUUCUUUGAAGAAGUUGACUCAUAAAAAGUGAAAAUUAAGGCACUGUACACCUUCAUAAUGUCAGUAACAAAACGCAAACGUUCAGUUGAAAAGGAAGAAUUAAUUGAGAACGGCGACGUACAUUUCAGCGGGGGACAUAGUAAUAUAAAAGGAGAUGAAAUUAAUAUAGCUGUUUUAUUAUUUCUUUACACCCUCCAAGGAAUACCCUUGGGAUUAGCUGGUGCUAUUCCUAUGUUACUUCAAAAUAGAGGAAUCACUUACACACAACAAGCGGAAUUCAGCUUUGUUAAUUGGCCAUUUAGUGUAAAGUUACUCUGGGCUCCAAUAGUAGAUGCAUUAUUUUGGCCUGAAUUUGGUAGACGUAAGACAUGGCUAGUGCCAGUACAAUAUCUAAUUGGCAUUGUCAUGAUUAUCAUGUCGAGCAGUAUCACCGAUUGGUUGGGGUCUGAAGACCAAGCUCCCUCUAUGAUGAUAUUAACUAUAUCUUUCUUGUUUCUAAACUUCUUAGCUGCAACACAGGAUAUUGCUGUAGAUGGCUGGGCACUCACUAUGUUGAAAAGAUGCAAUGUUGGACAUGCAUCAACAUGUAAUACCGUUGGUCAAACAGCUGGCUUCUUUCUCGGUUAUGUUUUAUUCUUAGCUCUUGAAUCUCCAUACUUUUGUAAUAAAUAUCUAAGAACUAUCCCAGAAGAUACUGGUCUUGUUACAUUAUCUAGUUUCCUUUUAUUUUGGGGCUGGGUAUUUAUUAUCACUACAACUAUUGUGGCUCUAUUUAAACAUGAAACAAACGACACAAUAAAUAACCCACAAGAGAGUCAAGUAAAGGGAAUAAAGGACAUUGUGAAUGCAUACAAGCAGUUAAUAACUAUUGUAAAACUGCCAGCAGUUAGGACACUUGCUUUAGUUCUAUUUACAGCGAAGUUAGGUUUCUGUGCGAGUGACGCGGUGUCGGGGCUGAAACUGGUGGAGGCGGGCGUGCCGCGCGAAGACCUCGCACUGCUCGCCGUGCCUCUAGUCCCCGUGCAGAUUAUUAUGCCUGUGAUUCUAUCAAAAUACACAACAGGACCUGCGCCACUGUCUUUGUGGUUGCGGGCGUUCCCACUGCGGUUGCUGGUGGGUCCGCUGGCCGCGGCGCUGGUGGCCGUCACGCCCAGCUUGUUGGGCAACGCCGGGCCUUCUUACUUAUAUCUAUUCAUACUAUUGAGUCUUUAUAUAUUCCACCAGACGUGCCUGUACUGUAUGUUUGUAGCAGUAAUGGCGUUUUUCGCUAAAGUAUCGGACCCCGCUGUGGGCGGCACAUACAUGACACUACUGAACACGGUGUCCAACCUGGGCACCAACUGGCCCAAUACUCUCGCGCUGUGGGCCAUCGACCAUUUGACGUUCAAGACAUGCUCGCCUGCACUCGCUGAUAAUACAUGCUCGUCCGCUUUAGAAGUAGAUGAAUGUAAAGCCAGCGGCGGCUCCUGUGUUGUGAGUAUCGACGGGUUUUACAUAGAGACGGUGUUGUGCGUGGCGGCGGGCUUCCUCUGGCUGCAGUGGGGGCGCGCCACCAUCUGCCGGCUGCAGCGCCUGCCCGCCGCCGCCUGGCAGAUCGCCCGCCUCAGGUAGGACUGACACCACCCCCUGCUUCUAAACCUCCCACUUCACACCGACCUAAGUCAGGGGUGACGAACCAUUGCCACAGGACACGAUACUUUGGGCACAUCGUUGAUAUGAAAACACUACGAAAAAAAUUUAAAAUCAAUCCAUCAGGGCCGGAGUUACCUCGUAACACAUAAAAAAUAUAUACAGACGCAUUGAUCUACUUCUAGAAGUCGGUCAAAAAGUAUAAAAUAGGUGCUCCAUGGAAUUGAUGAAAAUGAUUCGAUAUGUCUAAGACCGCAUUAAACAUUUCUUUAAAAAUGACACUGAUGCAUAAAGGUUCGCUACCCCUGCCCUGAGUAGUAUCGCGUCCACAAACGAAGAAUAAUAAGUGACAUUAAUCUGUCUAAUAGAUAAUAAACUCUUGAUAUACAAGAAAAAAAUCAAAUUUUAAUAUUAUUAAAGAGACCUAACCUAACAAGGGGUCGGUGACCCCCAGGUUGACAACCACUGCAAUGUACAAUAGUUUGAAUUCUAUUCGCUGUUAUGACACAAUCUCACUGCAAAACAUACAACACUAGAUAAUAAAACUGUCUAAAGGCCAGUUACUGAAACAAAUUUAAAAAGAAAGUGCCGCUUGCAAUCCGACAGACAUCAAUGUUAACGCAAUUGGAGUUCAAAUAUGGUUUUAUCAUUUGAGACCCUGUUACAUAUUUUAUUACGUUUCAGUAUUCGGUCAUUACCAUAACGUAUUCAAUUUAAAUAAUACAUAUUUGAGUGAUUAUGAGAUUGACAUAUUGAGUGAAAAGUAAAUUUAACUAGUUUCAAGGUUUACCAGCGCUUUAGCACAAUUAUUUAAAUAUAGUCAAACAAGGAUAUCUAAUCCGGUGAGAGUAGCUAUCGCGGUGAGUUCUGUCAGAAAAUAUGUAAAAUCUACAUAAAAAAUAAUAAAAGAGUAAUGAGUAGACCUGUAAAGAGGAACAUAGAACUUGUAAAACUUUUAAUACAUUGUCCGUUUGUACUUUUGAACCUUUAAUUUAUAAAAGCAUAUUGCAAUCCUUUAUGUAUCUUGCCAUGUGGUAUUUAAUAUUAAUCUUGUACUGUACAUUUUUCAAUUAUCUUCAACCUUAAAUUUGGCAAAAUCAACGAAAUGGUGUCAAUUAAUAAUUGUAAAAAAAACAUACAGACAACUUGAGUACCCCCUUCUUUUAGGAAGUCGGUCAAAAGGAGUGGCGUGAGCUGUCAUAUUUUAGUUUCCUUAAUGCCCACGGGGUUAUAUAUCCUUGACAUUUUAUAGACUAGUAUGACUAUGACUUUUAGUUAUUUAGUAUAAUUUAAAUCGUUUGAUUGUGAUAUGUAUAUAGAGUACAGUCAUAAAAUGAUGUUUCCUUUGACGUGUUUAUGUACUCUUAAUUACAAAUAGUACAAAAUCCUUUACUUCCGUUGGUGUUUAUUUAUUGAAUAUCUUUAAGGAAUUGAAUUAAAUAAUGCUUUGGGUUUUUAUUUAUAUUUGCUUAUAUACACAUCAACAUUUAAAUAUACACUAGAUUUAAUAUAAGCUUGACCAGAAAUAUAAAAACCUUCGGCAUUUGCGGUAACAAUGGAGCUAAUUUUUUAUAUUAAAAGUAAUGUAAUAAAUCCGAUUGAAGCUCUCCCCUGCCGGGGUUUUUAUAUUCCCAGUUAGACUAUGUUUAUAGGUAUUUUCGUUUUUAAGUUAUUUUAGACAUUCCGCGUCAAAUAUUUAAUAUGUAUAGAAUAUUUGAAAACGCUCAAUUAUAUUUAUUGGAGAAAAUUGAUAACAUUUUUAAAACAACAGGGAAUUAAGAUAUUACUUAAUGCAAAAAGUAAAUAAUGCAUGUACAUUAAGGUGAGUUUUCACUGCUCAAAAAUCUGUAAAACCGUUGUAUUGCAGUGAAAAUUCACUGUUAUUAAACAAUAGUUUCCUAUGUUUUAUUAUAUUUUUAUGUGAAUUUGUGUUGUGUUGAUAAAUACCAAAAGUAAAUAAAUCAGUAUUUCUCAUUACAAUAGUUAUUUGAUUUAAUUAAGUAUUCAAGGCCUUGUGAAGGUUUUGUUUAGAAUUUCAUAUUGUCUGUGACAAAAAAUACUUAGAUGCUAUAGAAAAAUGUAAGUUAUGGAAUUAAACUAAUAAAGGUGAUUAAA